UUUCCGAUGAUGAGAAGUGUCUUUCUUUCCGACGACUGAGUGAGAGAGCCGCAUCGACGUAGAAUAAAAGGGGAAAGACUGAGAAAUUGACUCCCCCGAGGAAGAAGGAUUUGAUUCGAUCAUUUUGCGAGCUCGUGUGUGUGUAUAUAUUUACAUAUUCUACGGCCUCAAUUCGUCUGUGUUGAACAAUUAGAGAGAGAGAGAGAGACAAAACAAUGUUGAAAAGAGACCGCUCGAGUGUUGGAUCGGAAAAAGAUGGCUCGAGGGGUUUGGUAUUGAAAAGGCAUCGGUCCAGUUUGGUGGAGUUGUUACUACAGGAUGUUGUAGAGCUCAUCCUCGAGAGGCUUCCUGUGGAGUCUCUGGUAAGGUUGAAGUCUGUAUCCAAAAGCUGGAAGUCCACAAUCGAGUCCCACCCUUUCCAGGAGCGACAGUUCAUGCGUCGUAUGAAGUCCCGAGGUCCAGAUGUUCUUUCAGUAUUCCUAAGUUUAUCUGAUGAUGAUGAUGAUGAUGUUCCGAAUACAGUUGCUGAAAGGAUUGUGUUGGGGUCAUCCGUAGCUUGUACGUUCAGGUUCCCUGUUACGGGCAGCAGGAUCUGCCAUGGUAGUUGUGACGGUCUUCUAUGCAUCUACUGUGUUUACACUCCGAGCGUCGUGGUGAAUCCCGCCACCGGAUGGCAUCAGACUUUUCCUCUUUCCAACUUGCAAAAUUACCUCAACGACAACAACUGUUAUAUACAAGAGUAUCCCUUGCCAAAUACUAAGCUUGGAUUUGGUAAAGACAAACUCAGGGGCACGUAUAAGCCAGUUUGGUUGUAUAAUUCUUCCGAAUUUGGCCUCGACAACGUUACCACUUGUGAAGUUUUCGAUUUUAGCACCAAUGCUUGGAGGUACGUUCACCCUGCUUCUCCUUACCGGGUAAAUGAUCACCAUGAUCCCGUGUAUUUAGAUGGGUCACUCCACUGGCUCACCACGUGUAAAGAAGAACCCAAGUUACUAUCUUUCGAUCUUCACACCGAAACGUUUCAAGUUAUCUCCAAAGCUCCCUCUUCCACUGAACGUGAAGGCAUCAUGUGCGUCCUCGAUAAUCGCUUGUGCGUAUGCGAGAGCGAUGGGCUAACCAAGUGAUAUGGUCGUUCGAUGAUUCUUCUUCUGGCGGCAACAAGACAUGGAAGAAGUUGUGUUCGCUUGAUCUCACAGCAACUCUUUCUUGGUUUAUUAUGGAACUCCACUUCCCCUUCGCACCAAUUGCAAUUUUGGACAAGAAUAAGCUAUUGCUUCAAGGGUGUCGUUGCUUGGUACAAACGGUCAUUUAUGAUCUCAAUACUAAAUCUUAUGAUUUACUCUUCGGACCUGAAAGUGAAACCCUUGGAUAUACUAUUUCUUAUUACCAAAGCUUGUUCUCUGCUCUGUCUAAUUAAUUAAAUUUGUCUUUCUUCUUUUCUUUCUUUGGAACCAAUGAACCCCUUUGUAAUUUCCCUUGCGAUAAACGUAGAGAGACUAGAGAGUAAUUAACUGAUUAUUAAGUUU